CUCCCCGCGCCCUGGGCCUGGCGUGAGUCGCGGAGCGAACGGGGCUCGUGGUACUGCGUCAACGAGGCGACGGGCGAGAGGCGCUGGGACGCGCCCGGCGCCGAGGCCAAGGUCGUCGUGCGCCACGUGCUCGUCAAGCACGCGGGUUCCAAGCGGCCCUCGAGCCACCGGACGGCGACGAUCGCCCUUUCGAAGGCCGACGCGGCGGCGGAGCUCGAGGCGCUCCGCGCGGCCGUCGCGGCCGCGGAGGACCGGGCCGGCGCGCUGGCCGCCGCCGCCCGGGACCGGUCCGACUGCCCGUCGUCGGCCAAGGACGGCCAGCUCAAGCCCUUCGCGCGCGGCGAGCUCGACAAGAGCUUCGAGGCCGCGGCCUUCGCGCUCGAGCCGGGCGCGCUGAGCGGCGUCGUCGACACGCCGAGCGGCCUCCACCUCAUCCUGCGCCUCUCCUAA